AUGGAAUCGAAGUCGCGAAUCAAGCUCGCCGUGCUCGAUGACUACCAUGGCAUAGCAUCCAAGCAUUUUGCUCACAUUGAUCCAUCAAAAGUUGAUAUUACAGUCUUUAACGACACACUACCGUCAUAUUCACACCCUAGGACUUCAGAUGAAGACCGCAAAGCCCUUGUUGAUCGACUGAAACCAUUUGCCGUUCUGUCAACGCUACGCGAACGCACCGCGUUUCCGGGUGAGCUACUGCGUCAAUUACCCAAUCUGAAGAUAGUAUUUGCGACUGGUGGUAAGUUUGAGUCCUGGGACUUGAGCACUAUGCAAGAGCUGGGAAUAAGCGUUUACGUCGCGCCCGGCAAAGGGAGGACGGACGGCAAGGGCAGCGUUAAGUCACCACGAUCGCUGCCCAUCAAGCAAGGAGGUGGGCAUCCUACUACGCAACACGUUUGGGCACUCAUCCUCGGACUUGCACGUAACAUUGCUGCCGAUGACGCAGUUGUAAAGGGAAAAGGCGGGCCUGCGGGCUGGCAGACGGAACUGGCGGUCGGCCUACAAGGCAAAACUCUCGGACUCGUUGGGCUGGGUAGAAUCGGCGCUCACGUCGCUAGAGUGGGUGUUCUCGCCUUUGGAAUGCGCAUCAUUUGCUGGAGUGCGAACUUGACACAAGACAAAGCCGAUGCAAUGGCGCAGGAAUACGGGUUACCAACAACAGGCGCAGGCAUGCUUGCCGAGGAUGAAAAGACCUUUCAAGUAGUCAGCAAGGAAGAGCUGUUCCAAACAGCAGACAUAGUAUCACUCCACUACGUACUCAGCGACCGCUCAAGAGGUAUCGUAGCUGCGCACGAACUAGCGUCUAUGAAAUCUACUGCCUUCCUAGUCAAUACAUCCCGGGCACCCCUUAUCGACGAAGCUGCAUUGCUGGAUACAUUGCGGAAUGGACGGAUUCGCGGUGCGGCCCUCGAUGUAUUCGAUAUCGAGCCACUCCCAGUGGACAGUCCUUGGCGUAAUGAGAAUUGGGAUAGAAAGGGGAAGAGCAGGGUUCUUUUGACGCCACAUAUGGGCUAUGUCGAAGAAGGAACGUUGGCGGUGUGGUACGAAGAGACGGCAGAGAACUUGGAGAGGUUGAUUGACGGAAGCGAAUUGUUACAUCGGCUCAUCUGA